CGCAGCCAAUCGAGCCGGGCGGGGGCGCCUCCGCCUCCUCCAGGGGACGGGCCGCGCCGUUGCUAGGGCCGCGCCGUUGCUAGGGCCGCUGCCCCCUUCCCUGCAUCCCCUCAUCCCCGCGCCCCCGCCGUGAAGCCAUGGUGAAGCUCGCUGCCAAAUGCGUCCUGGCAGGAGAUCCAGCUGUGGGGAAGAGUGCUUUAGCCCAAAUGUUCUGCAGUGAUGGGGCUCAUUUUCGGAAGAACUACACACUGACAACGGGCAUAGAUCUGUUGGUGAAGGCUGUAUCAGUUCCAGAGACAAGUGAUAGUGUGGUGAGUUUUUCUAGCCUUUCUUUCUGCUUCCGCUUUCAGGAAUUCUACAUUUUUGACUCUGCAGGAAAAGAUCUAUUUUCUGAAAUGCUGGAAAAACUGUGGGAGCAACCCAACAUCCUGUGCCUUGUGUAUGAUGUCACUAAUGAGCAGUCUUUCAACAACUGUGCCAAGUGGCUGGAGAAGCUGAGGGCUCAAGCAGUUGGAGUGCACAUCCCGGGUGUCUUAGUGGGGAACAAAACAGACCUGGUGAGUCGUCGAGUUGUGGAGCAGAAACAAGCACAGGAGUGGGCUGAGAAACAUGGCCUGGAAUACUGUGAGGUGUCAGUGAAGGAGAUGAAAAACUUUGAGACCCCUUUCCAUGUCCUGGCAAAGUCAUUCCAUCAACUGUACAAAGAGAAAGUGGAAACUUUCCACAUACUAGCUUGGAGGCCGACACUGCUAUGACUUAUCUAUCCUCUGAGCUCCUUCUAGUGCCUAGAAUCCUGCAGGAUGGAAUACAGAGAGGUGAAAAAAGAUGAGCUAUUUGCUUCUUCAUGGUCAUCUUCUGGUAAUUCAAAAUAAACUAGAAAUAAGCAAGUGGAAAGACACUCUCCUGAAGCUGCUACCUCAGCAUUCCUUUCAUGUCCUCUGACUUGGUUCUCUGCUCGCUGAAAGCCUGCUAGGUUGGAGGAGGCGGGGAGUAAAAGGGGAGGGCAGAAUGGAAAUUGCCAGCUCUUUGCUUUGAUAUUUUCUUGUCUCUUGUCUGAACAGACUUCCUGCUGCUACAAGCAUGGAUUUAGAGAUUUGGAGAAGGAGAGAGGAAGCUGACAGGAUGUUUUUCAUCUUAAGUAACCCAGCCUUGAUACAUAUGUUCCAGGGCAGGACUGAUUUGGCCCUGCCAUUUGAAAAGCAUUUUCAGGACGUGGCCUGUAUCCUAAAAUCAACACAUGGAGACAGAUGUGUGGAAACCAAGCUGGAUUUAGUUGUGUUUCUGUGAAUGCCCAGAGUUUGAGGCUUAUUUUAACAUUGUUACCCUUAUCAGUUGUAGGACUGCUAUGUUGGCGGAUAAUUACAUAUUUCUGACUUCUAGAAUCUGGUUCUUUUCUCCAACGUGACUCAAUUUCACUGCCUGUAGGAGCUGUCUUGCAUCUGUACUACUGUCAUUUGGUAACGCAGUGCCCUCUGCUGGUCCCAGGUCACAAGAUUUCUCAAGAAGCUGCUUCUGUUGAAGUGAGCAGGACUUCCUACAGGCACAUCCAAAUUGGGUUAUCUGCAAAAUGGGGUCAGAUAGCAAGAAUACCGCUUUUAUUCUAGGGAUGAGAGCAAAAUUUAAAAGAAAUUAUCUUUCCUUCUUCAUGCAUUUGUCAUCUUACGUGUUUUUGUAUCAUUUUCCUUCCUGUCAGUUGAACCUGGCAAUAGCAUGUUCUCAUUAGGUUCAAUUCUCAAACCUUGUCAGAAGCAGAGUCCUCUUUGUUGUUAAACUUUCCCUGCUUAUAUUUUAAUUUUGAAUUAAAGACCAUGAUUCUGGUGUUGCCAGUGGAAACAGGAGUCAGGAAAUGAAAGACAACCUGGCUAAGUUACUCUGACUCAGCCAUGUCUGGCUGGAAGUUUCAUACCAGAAAGGGUAAAAGCCUAGAGAGAACUGCUCUUUUGUGUGGAGUACUGAUGUUGCAUGUGUAAGUGUCUAUUUGCUAUUGCAGUGUGUGAAAGCAUCUGUGGUAAGGUACUGUCUUCUAACUGGGCCUAACACUAAGGAGUUAAAAACUGUAACCUUUGUCUUCUGCCAAAUUAUGUUAGCCUUCCUUGGGAAAGGGAAGCUGAAUUUUAUAGGGAGUAAGCAGUGGGUGAUUUUUUCAGGCAGGCUUUUCAGGAAUCUGUGUUUCAAGGCUUUUAUAUGUGCAUUUUAUAACCACUUAUAUGCCCAAAUGCUAGAGAAAGUACAUUGGAUUGAACAUAAGAAAUAUGGCUGCAGAUGUUGUAGCAGAGUUUAUGAAGCACUUCAAGAAUCUGGAGAAGCAGCUGGGCUCAUUUCACUGGCAACAGUGUAUUGAUGUUGGGAAUUAGCUGGGAACCAUGAAUACCAGCUAAAGAGUUUUAAGUAUUUGCUCAGCCCACAGGAAAAGAAAAUGAAUGGGUUCUUUUGUUAGAAACCACCUCAAAAAAUGACAGAAACUUCUGGGAAAGCUCUUGCUACCUCCAGAGAAGGAAGGACUCCUCCAUGAGCUUACAGUAACUAGAAGACUUACUCUUUUUUUUUAAAUUGGGUUAGCAUUAUUGGCAUUUUUGUCUUACAUGCGUUGUCUUGUUAAUUCUGGGGGGUGUAUGUUGAUUUACAUGGGCUGAAUAGAGUCUGCAGAUGCUAAUACCUUUGACUAUUAAGAAUAAAAGUUAUUUUGGAUGCUGUGCUGAUCUAGUUAAAGAACUAAAGGCAGUUUGCUUUGAUUUGGUGGCUCAUUUCUCCCUGAUUCCAUUGAUGAUGUGAUUACUGCACAAGACAGAUAUUUUUUCAUAUUGAGAAUAGCAUGCCAGGUGUGUGUGCCACCUGUGACGUGGUAUGUGGGGGGGUGGAUGCCUUGGGAAUGGGUGAUAAAAUCAGUCCUGUGCAGUCUUUAACCAGCGAGUUCAAUCUCUCUGCAUCAGAAGGACCUCCCAUAACUUCAAAUAAACGGUCUAAAUGCACCAACAAGAUGAAGAUUGGUGAACAGUGUUUUAUUAAACGAAUGCAAAAGCUAGAGGAUCUCAUUAAGAGAAUGCUUGCAGUAGUGAUUUGUGAUUUAUAGGGAAGCUGCUUUUGAGAGGUUAGUGAAGAAAAAUGCAUCCCAUGCAGGGAAAGAUGUAUUGCCUGAGAGAGGAAAUAUAUGAUCUAAUUAGCUAGCAGUAGGGAUUCACCCACUGCCCCUUUCCCUCUUUCCACAGGCCAUGACUAGAAUUAGAAAAGAAGUUGUGUCUAAAACAUGUCGCCCAACUUGCUUUUUAGAGGGCUGUUUCAAGCUCUAAGGUAGACACAAUGUAAUGUCCUUCAAAAUGGCAUGUUUGACAGUAACCACCUCAUUCCUUCCAAAUUCAUUUAAAGAGCAUAGUGUAUUGUUCUUCCUGGCUAAUGUGCUGUAUGAUACUAGCAUGAUGCAAGUGAUGCUUGUUACUGUUUUCCUAGCUUCUUUGUGACCUUGGUUGUGGAGGCUGCUAGUGAAGAGUUGAUAGAGAACAUGGGAGCCAGAUAUGGGAAGGCUGUGGAAAAUGGGUUUGUGUCUGUGUGGAGUUUAGGGUAGUGAGUAGGUGAGCCAGACAAGCAGGAUCAGUAAGAGUCUGAAGCCAUUACUAAGUUUCUUUUAAUGUGUUCAUAAACUUUUGUGGUCUUAUCUGUAGGGUGAGGAUGCAUAUUUGCUGCUUUUAGCUUUAGUGUCACUCUGAAUUACAGACACUGUAGAGAACAAUGGGAGGAAGGCAGAAAGGUUGUCUGCUGACCAGGAAGCUUGCUGUCUUCUUACAGCUCCCCUACUUUGUCCAGCACUGCAGUGCUGCAGGUGUUCAGCAUGGAUGUUUAUAACCCAAAAGAGAACCAGCGCAACCAGAACUGAAAUUUCAAAAGAAGGGGGAGGAAACAAACAGGCCUUUAUCCAUUUUUAAGAGAUAGAGUCCUUCUUCCUGCUUGCUCAUUUGAUUAGACAAAAGAAAUUCUUUCCUCAUUGGACCCCCUCAUUCUUACCUUUCAUUUGGUCCUUGUGGUUCUGCUGCACAGAAUCUUUUUUAUACUUGUGCCCUGCUUUACUUAGCUUGAUACAUCUCUAGCUGAUUUUUUUUUUAUCCUUCUAAUUUCUACACUAUCUAUACUCAAGGCUGGGAGACAUUUCUUCUUAGAGAGAUCAAUAGACGAAAGAAAACAAAAGUGGAAUUUUUAGUCAAAUUGUCUUGGAAGAAAGAACCUUAAGAAGCUGACUGACAUCCUGAAGUUUUAGUGGAAAUUCAUUUGUGUAAAGUUGUCAUAUUAAAAAUGCUUUAAUGGUUUUGUUUUGUCUUGCCAGACAUAUUCUGCUGUGGAGUGAAAUGCAGGAUGUAAAAUUCCAGAAAGAUCAGGUUUUAUUGAGGGAGUUAAUAGGAGUUUCAAAGCUGAUCAUACUGUGAUAAGAUCUGUUCAGUCUUAACAAUGGAGUGGUCACUGCUGUUCAUAAUAAAGCAUUAAAUAUACUGAAAUGAUGCUGUCAGAUCAGUUUCUUCUAGGGAUUUGUUCAUUUUAGAGACUUAAAACUUAAGAAAGGACAUCUUUCAGAAAAGUGAUCUGAUAAAUGACACCAUCUGGACCAGGGUUAUUUCUGAUAUAACUUCAGUGACUUAAAGGGCUGGAUUUAGCUUUUAUGCCAAUUGGCUCCCCUGGGUAAGCUUCAUUUCUUUACCCACUAUACAUCUUGGACUGAUCUGACCUGAUAGCAAAAGACACAUGAUGUUGUUGGAAAUGAAAUACUGCCUUGGGGCAGAAGGAUAAACUGUGUGGCCUCCUGAGGUCCUCCCAGCAAUACUUUCUAUAAUUCUAUUAGAUUAAGUGGGGAAAGAAGUAGUCUGGAAAGCACAAAACAGGCUAAGUUAUAAACUAGCAAUUAAACUGGGAGCUAGGCUGGGCUACAGCAGAAAACGUACAAUCUAUCCCAAUUAAGAGCUGUAUCUCAAGAGAAACGAGGAGCCUGACGCAGGUGCUGACAGCAGGGAAAACAGUGCGUUUCUGUUCUGUAGGCAGCAACUGCUUUCUACUCGUGCUUACACAGAUCCAUGGGGGUCCACACCCCACUCAGGACUGCUCUCUGCUUUUAAUAAUUACUGCAUCUAUGACGUUCAGGUGGCAACUGCGUGCAUUUGUCUCAUCUGCCUAUAUAAAGCCAGCAAUGUGAUGGCAGGAUGUUCUUCUUCUUCACAUGUUCCACAAUAUGAUCCCUCUCUCCCAGUGCAUUCUCAGUCCAUCUAUUUCAUAUCCACUUGAUGGAGAAUAUCAACCUCUGCUUUUUCUCAGCAAGUAAUUUUUCCAUCUUGCAGAUGGUACUCCAUGGAAGCUGGGGCUAAGGGACACCUGGGACCUUCUGCAGCAGAGGUGGAGUCUGAGCAGGAGGUCUUCAAGGGCUAUGUUGACCCCUGCAACAUCUCUCUUAGCCUUAGGGCACAUCAUCUCUCUGCUUCUCGCAUCCUAUUUCCUUCUCCUGCUGUCAUCUUGCCUUGAGAACAAUGUCUUCUGUUCCAGUUGCCCUUGGCUCUGUUGACCCAGAACAGCAAUGCUUGGGGGAGGGGGAAAGAAGAGAGCUACUCAAUCACUAGUCUUUUCAGGGCUUUUUGGAUGUUGUGACUCCCUGUUGAAGUCACCUGAGAGAUGGAGAUGUUGCUCAAUCUAGAAUGUAAUUUCCUGGCAGCCUCAUGUUGGCUCUUCAGAGCUUGCCACUGUGUAACUUUCACAGACAUUGGCUGUUCCCAUUCUGACUUGGAGUUUUGGGUU